AACAUUUUUACUAUUCCCCUUUGGUCAACUCCUUCAUCAUCAGCUUUUGUACCCUUUUGUCAUCUCCUCCUCAAAAUAACCAUUCUUUUUGAAUUGGCAAAGAAAAAGAAAAAGCAGACAACUAAGAAUGGAUACAAAUCAGGAAAUUGCAUUGACACAAAUGAGAAAAUCUGUUGAAAAGCUUGGAUCUUCUACUGAAAGUUAUGGAGAGAAGACAUUGAUGAGGUUCUUGAUUGCAAGAUCAAUGAACCCAGAGAAAGCUGCUAAGAUGUUUUGUCAGUGGAAAAAAUGGAGGGCUGAAAUGGUCCCACUUGGGUACAUUACUGAUUCUGAAGUUGCAGAUGAAUUAGCUGCUGAAAAAAUUUAUUUGCAGGGAUUAUCCAAGAAUGGCCACCCUGUUGUGAUGGUUAAAAGUAACAAACAUUUUCCUUCCAAGGAUCAAGUUCAAUUCAAGAAAUUUGUGGUUCAUCUACUAGACAAAACAAUUGCAAGUUCGUUCAAUGGUAGAGAAACAGGAAAUGAGAAACUUAUUGGAGUUGUUGAUCUCCAACAUAUUACCUAUAACAAUGCUGAUCUUCGUGGACUGAUCACUGGUUUUCAGUUUUUACAGGCGUACUACCCUGAGCGCUUAGCUGCUUGUUACCUUUUACACAUGCCACAAUUCUUUGUCACCGUAUGGAAAUUUGUUUGUCGCUUCCUUGAUAAAGCUACUCAGGAGAAGGUUAGGAUUGUUACAAGUGAAGAACAAAUGCAAGAGUUCAUCAGAGAGGUUGGCGAAGACGUCUUACCAGAGGAGUAUGGAGGGCGCGCUAAACUUGUACUUCUGCAGAAUGUUACUGUGAACUACUAACACAAAGUAGAAGAACAAAAAAAAUGUGAAAUAAGAUGAAAACGAAUACCUUCUUAGACAUACUAAUUACUCAUAACACAUAAAAUAUCACUCACGUUUGAGCUCAGCUGGCAAGUAAGCACUCCUACUUUGAGAGACAUUUCAACUUGGUCUCAAUUGGCAACUAAACACUCCAACUUGUCCCCACUGUCUCAUGGACACCCUACCUUGACGUGACAUAAAUUUUGGAAGUGUUUUAGAUAUUCAUUUUGUAAGUUGAAGCAUUCUUACAUUGCACUUCAGUUGAAAUCAAUUUCGAAUGUCUGUUUAUGUAUUAUGCAUACUAUUUAUGUUAUUAAAAAUAAUUACAUCUUUUUAACUUA